UUUAUACAAUAUUUUUUCAACAUGAAUGUCCAGCCUUGUGCCAGGUGUGGCUAUAUUGUUUACCCAGCUGAGAAAAUCAAUUGCAUUGACAAGACCUGGCAUAAAGCCUGCUUUCACUGCGAAAUAUGUAAGAUGAUCCUAACUACAAAUAAUUUUGUGAGCCAUCAGAAAAAGCCCUACUGCCAAGUGCACAACCCCAAGAACAACACUUUCACUAGUGUAUAUGAGACACCCAUCAACUUAAAUGCAAAGAAGCAAUCUGAAGCAGUCAGUGAGCUCAAAUACCGAGAAGAAGGAGAGAAGUAUAAGUCAGUUUUUCACUGGGAUGUGAAGUCCAGGGAGGUGGAACAUGCUCGUAAAAUCAGCCAUCUUGCAAGUCAGAAAGCCUAUCAGGCAGAAUAUGAGGAACAGAAAUCCUGGUACACUGGCACAGCCUCCAAUCCAGAAAUGAUAAGGGUGGCCCAAGCCCAAAAAACCAUAAGUGAUGUGGAAUACAAGCGUGGCCAUGAGGAACGGGUUUCACAAUACACCUCAGUGGCCGAUACCCCUGAAAUCCUUCAUGCAAGGGCUGGAGGAUCACUUGUGAGUGAUAUUAAAUACACUGAAGAAUACGAACAGCUGAAAGGAAAGGGCAGCUUCCCUGCCAUGAUCACCCCAGCUUAUCAGAUAGCUAAGAAAGCUAAUACUUUGGCCAGCGAUGUGGAGUACAAGCGCGGACACGAAGAGCGAAUUUCUAAAUACACCUCUGUCACCGAUACUCCAGAAGUACUCCUGGCGAAAACAGGAGCACAGCUUGCUAGUGAUUACAUGUACACUGAAGAAUAUGAACAACACAGAGGGAAAGGCAGCUUUCCAGCCAUGAUCACUCCAGGAUAUGAAGUGGCCAAGAAAGCCACUGAACUGGCUAGUGAUAUCAAGUACCAUCAGAAGUACGAGAGGGAAAUGAAAGGGAAGGGAAGCAGUGCAGCAGGCUCUGCAGAACUGGCUCUUGCUAGAGACAAUGCGGAGAAAUUCAGCCAGCAUGCUUAUACUGAAGACUAUGAAGAACACAGAGGAAAGGGCAGUUUCCCUGCCAUGAUAACUCCUGCAUAUCAAAUUGCCAAGAAAGCCCAUGAACUGGCCAGUGAUGUGAAGUAUAAACAAGGGUUUUCUAAGACAAAAGGCACAGCUCAUUUCAACACCUUGACAGCAGACGACAACUUGGUCAUCAAAAAUGCCCAGAAAAUCAACAAGCUUGUCAGCGAGGUGGAGUACAAGAAGGAUCUGGAGAAUACCAAGGGUCACAGCAUUAACUACUGUGAGACCCCGCAGUUUAAGAAUGUGUCCAAGAUCUCUAAAUACACCAGUGAUGUGAAGUACAAGGAGAAUUAUCUGAACCAGAUGAAGGGUCAUUAUGAAGGUGUUGGCAUGGACAAACGGACACUACAUGCCAUGAAAGUAAAAAAUCUGGCAAGCAAUAUUGCCUACAAAUCAGAGUAUGAACAUGAGAAGAGUGAACACGCUGAUUAUAACUAUCCAGCCACAAUGACGCCAUCAUAUGAGACUCAAAGAAAACUGGAACCAUUAAAAGACGUUAACUACAGGCAGCACGUUGAUAAGCUGAAGUACAGCUCAGUAACAGACACUCCUGAAAUAGUACAAGCAAGAAUCAACGCCCAACAGUUCAGUGAUCUGAACUAUAGGGCUGAAUAUGAGAAAACCAAGACGAAAUUCACUCUCCCUCAGGAUCUUCCCCAGAUCAAAAAAGCCAAGGCCAAUGCAGAACUUUUUAGUGAUAUAAAAUACAAGGAAAACUGGGAGAAGACUAAAUCUAAAGCUUGUGAAAUGAGUUUGGAUGACCUGUCUUUACAGGCAGCCAAAGCAUCCAGGGACUUAGCUAGUGAUAUUAAAUACAAGGAAGAUUUCAUGAAAAUCAAGGACAAAGCAGUAGGUGUCAACAUGAGCGAUUCCAGGACGUUGCAUUCGCUGCAGGUUGCCAAGAUGAAUAAUGAGAUAGCCUAUAAGAAGGGCUCCAAAGAGGCCCGGUCCCAGUUCCACCUGCCCCUCGACAUGAUUAAUAUCAGCCAUGCCAAGAAGGCCCAGUCUCUUGCCAGUGACCUGGAGUACAGGAAGAGGCUCCACGAAUACACUGUGCUGCCUGAUGACAUGAAGGUCAAGUGGGCAAAGAAGGCCUACAACUUACAGAGUGAGAACCAGUACAGGGCUGAUCUAUUGUGGAUGAAGGGAGUUGGUUGGAUGACAGAAGGCUGCCUUGAUGUGCAACAGGCCAAGAAAGCAGGAGAACUUGUUAGUGAGAAAAAGUACAGGCAAAAAGCAGAUGCAGUGAAGUUUACUCAAGUGGCUGACACUCCUUAUAUCAAACAUGCCAAGAGAAGCCAAGACUUGCAAAGUGGGAUAGUGUACAAGGCGGGCACUGAGCAAAUGCUUCACCAGUACACCAUGAGCAAAGACGAGCCUCUCUUCAAGCUUGCUAAAACGAAUGCGGAAUACCUCAGUGAGAAAACUUACAGAAGCAGCUGGGAAAAGCAGAAGGAGAAAGGUUUUGAGCUGCGCAUGGAUGCUCUGUCAAUUCUUACUGCAAAAGCCAAGAGGGAUCUUGCAAGUGAUAUUAAGUAUAGAGAAGUGUAUGAAAAGACAAAGGGCAAGUUGAUUGGAGUAAAGAAUGUCAAGGAAGACUCUCAGAUGGCCCAUUCCACACAAGUGUCCAAGCUACAGAGUGAUCUGGAGUACAAGAAAGAGUAUGAGGACUCCAAGACCAAGCACAGUGCGUCCCUGGACAUGCUGAACAUGGUACAUGCCAAGAAAGCCCAAUGCUUGGCAACAGACACAGGGUACAAGACCAUCUUACAUCAUUACACCACUCUUCCCACUGAUAUGAAGGUGGAAUGGGCUAAGAAGGCAUAUGGACUACAGAGUGAUAACAAGUACAAGUCUGACCUGAACUGGAUGAGAGGGGUGGGGUGGAUGACUGCAGGAUCACUAGAUGUUGAGCAGGCCAAGAAAUCCGGAGAACUUAUCAGUGAAACAAAAUAUCGCCAGCACCCAUAUGCUUUGAAGUUCACAAGCGUGAAAGACACACCCGAAAUGCUUCAAGCCAAAAUCAGCUAUAACCAGGCUGUGGAUAGACUCUACAGAGAGCAUGGAGAGAGUGUGAAACAUCAUUACACCCUGACCAAAGAUCUUCCAGAGCACAUCCAAGCUAAACUCAAUGCAAUGAAUAUCAGUGAGACCUGUUAUAAGCAAUCUUGGACUAAACUGAAAGAUGCUGGAUACACAUUUCGUUUAGAUGCAAUUCCAUUCCAGGCUGCAAAAGCAUCAGGAGAUAUUUUCAGUGAUUACAAAUAUAAAGAAGAGUUCGAAAAAUUGAAGGGACAUAUGAUUGGACUGAAAGGAGUGGAGGAUGAUAUAAAGAUUGUGCACUCUGUCCAUGCAGCUCAGCUACAGAGUGAUAUCAGCUACAAGAAGGACUCUGUGAGAGGCAGGUCCCAGUACCACCUCCCUCUGGAUAUGAUGGAGCUGACCCACGCCAAGAAGGCUCAGUCCCUGAUCAGUGACCAGGACUACAAACACCUCUUCCAUAAUUACACCUCUCUGCCCAGUGAUCUGAAGCUACAGUGGGCAAAGAAGGCCUAUGACUUACAGAGCGAGAAACUCUACAGAUCUGAUCUUAACUUCUUGCGAGGAGUGGCCUGGAUCAGCACUGGGGCUGUACAGAUUGAAGGCUCCAAGCGAGCUAAUGAACUCAUUAGUGAGAAAAAAUACCGUCAACACCCCUAUUCCUUCAAGCACACAGCAGUGACGGACUCACCUGACUUGGUUCAUGCAAAGUUCAGCAACCAGAUUACCAAUGAGCGCCUUUACAAAGAAGCCGGAGAAAAUGCAAGACAUAAUUAUACCUUAACACUUGGACGACCUGAGCUCACCCAAGCCAAGAUUAAUGCAGCCAACUUUAGUGAGAUAAAAUACAGAGAAUCGUGGCAUAAUCUGAGAGCUCAGGGAUACAAGUUAACAAUGGAUGCCAUUGCUUUCCAGACAGCGAAAGCCUCAGGGGAUAUAGCAAGUGAUUAUCAGUACAGACACGAUUUUGUCCUGGAGAAGGGCAAGCACAUCGGGGCCAGGAGCAUCCUGGAUGACCCCAGGCUGCUGCACUGCAUGCAGGUGGCCAAGCUGCACAGCGAGCAGCAGUACAAGAAGGAGUCCCGCAGCACCAGCGCCCAGUUCCAUCUGCCUCUGGACAUGGUCCACCUGGUGCACGCCAGGAAGGCCCAGGCUCUGGCCAGCGACCAGGAUUACAAGACCAAGUUCCACUCCUACACCGUGCUGCCGGAUGACAUGAAAGUGCAAUGGGCCAAGAAGGCCCAUGAGCUGCAGAGCGAGAAACUGUACAAGUCCGACCUGAACUUCAUGAGAGGUGUUGGCUGGAUCACUGUAGGUACCCCACAAAUUGAGACAGCGAAGAGAGCAGGAGAGCUUAUCAGUGAGAAGAAAUACCGACAGUUGCCAGACAGUCUCAAGUUCACCUCUAUAGCUGACUCUCCAGAUAUCGUCCAUGCUAAGAACAGCUACUUACAAUGCAGUGAGAGGCUUUACAAGUCGGGGGAUUCUGAACUGAUGCAUCGAUACACCUUACCUCCCGAUCACCCUGACUUUAUCAGAGCCCGGAUGAAUGCCCAGCACAUCAGUGAUAAAGUCUAUAAAACCUCCUGGGAUCAGGUCAGAUCUACUGGAUAUGACCUUCGCCUGGAUGCCAUUCCUUUCCAAACAGCUAAAGCUUCCCGAGAUAUUGCUAGUGAUUUCCGCUAUAAGGAAACCUUUGUGAAGGAAAGGGGACACCAGAUUGGACUGCGCAGCAUCAAUGAUGACCCCAAAAUGAAACAUUUCCUCUCUGCGAGCAAGCUCCAGAGCAAUAAUGAGUAUAAGAAGCAGUAUGAAGAAACACGUUCCCAAUACAAGAUCCAUACCGACCAGCCGAGCUUCAUCCAUGCCAAAAAGAGCCAGGAGCAAGCCAGCAACCUGAGCUACCGACAGCACUUGCACCACUAUACCUGUGACCCAGAGCAACUAAAUAUGAAACACGCCAAGCAAGCCUACAAAUUACAGAGUGAUGUGAACUACAAGUCUGAUCUCAACUGGCUGCGGGGUAUCGGCUGGACUCCACCCGGCUCCCACAAAGUAGAAAUGGCCAGGCGGGCAGCUGAACUGGGCUACGCUCAGGAAAUGAACCCUGAAGAGGCUGCGGCUCAUUACCAGCAAAUGAUGCAGGCAAGUCAGAUGAUGGAAACCCAAGAGGAAUUUCAACAGCCUGGGGUCAAUCCUGAUGCCAGUGAAAUCCUUCAGGUUAAAAGGAAAAAAGUACAGACAAUGAAGAAAACCAUGUAGAGGUCUUUAAAACAUAUUACUGCAUGAUCCUGUGCUGUUCACACGUGACUUAAUUGCAGUUAACUUUUACCCAUAACCUGUAUACUGUGUAGUAAUAGACAUAAUAAUCCAGAAAACCAGAUUAUGCAAAGACAUGCAAAUAUUUUGAGAUGAUAUCAGCAUCUGAUGAUUGUUUUUGGGGUUGUUUAUAAUAGCUUAUGCAUUCUUGUAUAAGAAUUAGCAGGAUUUGAUAUAUUGUGCAAUAUGAAACUUCAGGCUGGUGCCUUAUGUUAUUCAAUGGACGUCUGCCUAUGUUAGAAUGGUACAAACCAGGGGUGUCCAUCCUUGGUCCUGCAGAACCUACAAGUAGCUUUAUAGGUUAAUUUACAGACUGGCAAACAGGGAUUUGGAAUGCUUGCUAAUGUCUCCUUAUUAAGCAAUGCAUUGAGCCAGUUAAGUCAAUGAAAGCUCAAAUGAAAUGAAAACCAGAAGACACUAUUCAACUACAGGACAAGGUCUGCAACUCCCUGGUAUAAAACAUAUUCACUUUCAGACUGGGUGAUAAGUUAAUAAAAACCAAUGCCAUUAUAGACCUUCUACAAAAUGUUUUCAGUGUGCAAGACUAUGUUUUCUUAGUAUCAAUGGAAGGAUUUUUGGAAAAUUUGGGUGAAGAGAGACCCUUUUCCCCGUUAUGCUUAACAUUAUUGUGUGACUGACAGGUUCAGUUCCAUGAGUUCUUGAAAGCGUUUGUCUGUGAGAGGAUGGCACCCUAGCUAAAUAUUUUCUCCUGGCAGAGCACAAGAUUGUUUACAACUAACAAAAUAAAGAUUUUGCUUCAAUUGCU